UCGGGGCCCGCGCGGCGAUGCGCGCGGCCGCAUGGAGUUCCCGGGCCACGGCGGGCGGCUGCUGGGCCGGCUGCGGCAGCAGCGCGAGCUGGGCUUCCUGUGCGACUGCACCGUGCUGGUGGGCGACGCGCGCUUCCCCGCGCACCGCGCCGUGCUGGCCGCCUGCAGCGUCUACUUCCAGCUCUGCUACCGCGACCGGCCGGCGGGCGGCCGCGACACGGUGCGGCUCAACGGCGACAUCGUCACGGCGCCCGCCUUCGGCCGCCUGCUGGACUUCAUGUACGAGGGCCGCCUGGAGCUGCGCGGCCUGCCCGCGGAGGACGUGCUGGCCGCCGCCAGCUACCUGCACAUGCACGACGUCGCCAAGGUGUGCCGGGGCCGCCUGCGGGAGGACGAGCGCGCGCCGGGGCCCCGCGGCGCGCGGAGGCCGGAGCCCGCGGCCCCGCGCUCGGGGCCGCCGCCGCCGCCGCCGCCGCCGCCGCCCGACGGGCGGGACGCGCCGGCCGCGCCCGGGCACGGCGGCCCCGCGCGCGACCCCCGCGGCCCCCCGCCGCCGGCCGCGGCCCCCGGGCCCCCGUGCCUGUGCCCCGGCGCGCGCCUGCUGCGGCGGCCCGUCGGCGCCCGCACCCGCGACGGCGCGGCGCCCACCUGCGCGCGCUGCGGCAAGAGCUUCUCGUGCGCCUACACGCUGCGGCGCCACGAGCGCACGCACUCCGGGGAGAAGCCCUACACGUGCGCGCAGUGCGGGAAGAGCUUCCAGUACUCGCACAACCUCAGCCGCCACGCCGUGGUGCACACGCGCGAGAAGCCGCACGCCUGCCGCUGGUGCCCGCGCCGCUUCACGCAGUCCGGAGACCUGUACCGCCACGCGCGCAAGUUCCACGGCGGCCUGGCCAAGUCCCUGCUGCUGUGA